AUGACAAAACAGCAACAGCACUUAUCAUGGUCUCCAGCACCAACAACAGCAACAACCACCGCGUACCAUCAUCGUCACCACCGUCAUCAUCAUCAUCAUCAUCACCAUCGACGCCGUAAGCCGGAAUUUUAUCCGCUUCACCGGUCGAUCACCGACGAAGACAGUUAUGCCGACAAACCAUCACCCAUCACCCGCUUUGUCACGAAAUUACUAGGCCUCGGCGGCGCAACCUCCUCUUCAUCAAACGAUAAACAUCAACGCCAACGUCCGCCUCUUGCACACAAGUCACACUCUACCACUUCCAUUACCAAAGACAGUUCAGUCAUUUCGUCAACAUCGUCAUCCCAUUACACCAUUCACAACAAUAACAACAGCAACAGCAAUAACAAUAAUAACGAAACGAUUACCGGGACUGAAACGCCUGUCAGUGUUUCGGUUAUAGAGUGGGAAGAGCAUCAUCAUCAUCGAGGAGAAGAAGAUACACAAAGCAUUACAAGCAGCAACAGUAGCAGCAGUUCAAGCUCGAAUACCAGUCUAGACGAAGAAGAAAAAGACGAAAAAAGUGUCUGUUCCGAGCGUUGUACCGGCAGAAGAAAACAAAGAGGAGGACGCAGCAGAAAUAAUAAGAAACCUUCUUUGACAUCUUCUGUAUCCUCGUCCUCGUCGUCAAUCUAUUGCGGUUGUGUUGCUGCUGGUAUUAAAGCAAAAAACAACAACACAUUUGCUAGCACUACUACUACUAGUACAUCAUCUGCUGCAGUGGACGCACUCGUUUCGGCGGCCACACACAUCAAUCAAUACGAAGAAGAAAGACGAAAACGACAGGAGCGUAUCGUAGCGUUCUUGGAUAUCAUGGAUCCACCCCAGUUGGUGGGUAGAAAAGAAGAUACAGAGCCUGUCUUGGAUCGGACCAUUAGUGAAAAGCUACGACCUUACCUUCCAAGACGCCAUCGACUUACCACCCAAUGGUCACUCUUGUACAGUUUGGACCAACAUGGAUCCAGUCUGACCACGCUUUAUAGACAAUGUCGAUCCUAUCGUGGACCGUGCGUCCUAGCUAUCAAGGAUGCCGAUGAUACUAUAUUUGGUGCAUUUUUAAAUGAGACUCUCCAGGCCAACAGUGCUUCCUACUAUGGCACGGGAAUCAUUUUAACUAGUUUUCUAUGGAAAUAUUGCAAAAAUACGGGUAAUGUCCAAGUGUUUCCAUGGACAGGCAAGAAUGAAUACAUGAUCUUAUCCGAAACAGAAUUUAUAGCCAUUGGAGGCGGUGACGGCAAAUUCGGGUUGUGGAUCAACUCGGACUUGGAGCAUGGACAUAGUGAACCUUGCCCAACGUUUGAUAAUGAAAGUUUAUCACGUAAACCGGAAUUCGCUUGCAUGGAGCUUGAGAUCUUUGCAGUAUCUGGUGAACUUUAA